UUUAUAUAAGUUAUUGAUCACUACUGUUUGUCAAUCACACUUAUCAUGAGGAUGUAAUCAAGGGUAAUCAUGGUAGAGCCGAACAUAAUGUGAUCAUGAGGAUGUAAUCAAGGUAAUCAUGGUAGAGGUGUGCAGCUUUGCACGCACAUCAGGGAAUGUAUAAGGAGCAGAGCAGGGCUCAGGGGGGUUAGAGCUGCUUGGCGUAUUCUACCUGACGAGGUUCAUGGAUUACAUGUGUUCAGUUCUUCACCUAUCAUGGAUUACGUUUUCUAACUGGGGUGUUCAGCUCUCCACCCAUAAGCAACGGCUUCCGUUGACUGAGCUGUCAGUCUGUACAGACCAACUGUUGCCACAUCUGAAAACACGAGCCAUGCCUUUGCACCGUGUGUCUGUGGUAUUUGCAUUCUUUAGCUUUUGUCACAUUCUCUUCUCACCACACUGUGAUGGAGGAAACAUUCUGGUGUAUCCAGUGGAUGGCAGCCAUUGGAUCAAUAUGAAAAUUCUCCUAGAAGAACUUCAUGCAAGAGGACACAACAUCACUGUGAUCAGAGUUUCCUCUAGUGUGUACAUCCCAGAAAAAUCACCUAUUUACACGUCUAUUACAGUUGAAAUGAAAAAAGACGUGGAGGACUUCUUUGAUGAAUUCUUAGAAGAACAAAUAAAGGCACAUAGAGAAGGGACAUCACUGAUUACUUUCUUCAAACUCACCAAAAGCUUACUUUCAAUGAUAGCUAAUGGACAUUCACUUUGGUGUGAUGCUAUGAUGGAAGUCUUUGAGAACCCAAAAUUGAUCAAAAGCCUAAAAGAAUCCCACUAUGAUCUUGUUCUCACUGAUCCAGGGAUAGCACCAGGGGUUGUGUUAGCUAAAUAUCUCAAGCUGCCAGUAGUCCUCAAUGUCCGCUGGAUCACCAGUGGGGAAGGCCACUUUGUGUUGGCUCCCUCCCCAUUCUCUUACAUCCCGGUACCAGGAUCUGGUUUAACGGACAAAAUGGAUUUCAUUCAGAGGGUCAAAAAUCUGUUCUUUCAUGGCAUCAUUUUUUUUCAAGAGACACUCUUGUUGCAGCCCAUUUAUGGUGCCAUGUGUGAUAAAUACAUUGAAGGUGGAUGCAACAUCGUGUCGCUGCUUCAGGAAGCCGACAUCUGGCUGUUCAGGUCAGAUUUUGUGUUUGACUUCCCUCGGCCAACGAUGCCAAAUGCUGUUUAUAUCGGAGGGUUCCAGUGCAAGCCUGCCCAGCCUCUUCCAGCAGACUUGGAGGACUUUGUUCAGAGUGCCGGAGAGCAUGGAGUCAUCAUCAUGAGUCUGGGGACUUGGGUUAAAAAAUUGCCCAACGACAUCACAGAUGCCAUAGCCAGUGUUUUUGCCAAGAUGCCUCAAAAGGUUAUAUGGAGGCACCAAGGGGAGCGACCCUCUACCCUGGGCAACAAUACCCUGAUUGUGAACUGGGUGCCACAGAAAGACCUUCUGGGUCACCCUCAGAUCAAAGCCUUUGUAGCUCAUGGAGGAACAAAUGGGGUCCAGGAGGCCAUUUACCACGGAGUCCCUGUUCUUGGUAUCCCCCUGUUCUUUGACCAGUUUGACAACCUUCUGCGUCUGCAGGAAAGAGGAGGUGGAAAGAUCAUCCUGCUAGGUGAUAUUAAUAGAGACACAUUUGAAGAAAGUAUUAAGGACAUUCUCAACAACAGUAGUUAUAAGCAGAACAUGCAACGACUGUCACGUCUACACAAAGAUCAGCCAGUGACUCCCAUGGACAAGGCCAUCUUCUGGGUAGAGUAUGUGAUGCGCAACAAAGGGGCUGCACACCUGCGUACUGAUGCCUAUAAGAUGCCCUGGUUCUCAUAUUUAUGUUUAGAUGUGUUAUUGUUGUUGAUUACCACAGUAUCUGUAGCCUUUCUGUCUGUCUUUGCUGUCCUUCGAUUUUUUUGUUGCAGAGGAAAAAGGAACACAAAAUGUAAACAAAACUGACCUAAUUUUAAAUUUGGCCACACAAGGUUUAGACCAAAUUUUAAAAGUAUGCGUAUGUGUAUAGUGUUGGUCAAGAAGUAGGUCAGUUUUAUAAAUACACUCCUCACAAAAACUUAAAAAAUUGGAACAAGGAAUUUUCAGAUUUGAAUGUAAUUUGCAGUCUAGCAAUUGAUGUAAACAUGAUUUGGUUUCUAAAGAGAGUGCACAUCAAGAAUGAUUAAAAGAUUGCAUCAAGUGAGGCAGGAAUGGAGCAAUAAUGUUAACUGAUAUUCUAUCACAAUAAUGAGUAGAUGUGACCAGACACAAUCGAUGCUUUGUUAACACAUUUGACGACCUUAUCAACAAUGUGACAGGGUCCUACUGUGAGUGAGGUGGUCACAUUGUGCAACUGCCCUGCAUGUUGGGGAUACAAGUGUCACACGAGCCUAACGUUUGGCACUAUGAACUGUAGGAACGGAGAAUUACAUGCAUGUUGUGCUUUUCAGUAUUGUGAGUUGUUGAUGUCACGGUCACAGAGAAACUCUGCUGGAGUCAGAAUGUAUUUCAAAUCUUUAAAAACAUGCAUUUUGGACAACUUUUUGUGUUAUCUGUUUCAGAUUACUGCCAUGACAAUAACUAAAAACAUAAAUUGCAAUGGUCUUUUGUCUGGUCUUCCCAGAAAUGCUGUGAAGCAACUGCAGCUUAUUAAGAAUACAGCUGCUAGAGUCUUUAAAACAUAGAGACUCAAGCACAUAUCUCCUGUUCUUAAAUCUCUGCACUGGUUACCAGAAAACCAGAGAAUCAAUUUUAAAGUGUUUCUACUAGUUUAUAAGUCACUCAGUGGCAUGGGGUCCAGAAUACAUGUUGUAUCUCCUUGCAAACACCCAGCAGGGCUCUCAGAUUCUUAGGAAGCCUUGAAUCAGAACCAAACAGAGUGAAGCUACAUUUAGCUUCUAUGCUGCACACAGAUGGACUCAGCAUCCUUGCAUUGUAACUGCUCACUCUUUAACUUAGCCUUUUUAUUGCUACAUCUAAUUGUUUUUGUGUAUUUUAAAAUUUAUUUCAAAAUCUGUAGUUUCAUGUUGUCACGUCAAUUUUAAUGUAUUACUUUCUUGCUGUUCUUGUUCCUGGAAAGUCCACUGAAUUUCUUCUGUAUAUGAAAUGUGCUGUAUAAAUAAUGUUGCCUUGCCUAAAGAGAGAUCCUGAUUGCAUACUGUUUCAGUCAUGCAAGACUCAAAUUAUGAUAAUUCAAUAAAUCUCCCAGCUGUCA